GGUCGUUGGAUCCAGGGUAGGGGUCGCCGCGCGUGCGAUCGGCUCACACAGGACCAGAGGGCGCGGACUGCUGCAGCUCAACCUGGAACCCACCAGCGAGACCAGGCUCCGCCCGGCCAUGCCCGCCGGGAGCAACGAGCCGGACGGCGUCCUCAGCUAUCAGAGACCAGAUGAGGAAGCUGUGGUGGAUCAGGGUGGGACCAGCACGAUUCUCAACAUUCACUAUGAGAAAGAAGAGUUGGAAGGUCAUAGAACUCUGUAUGUGGGGGUUCGAAUGCCACUGGGGAGGCAGAGCCAUCGUCACCACCGAACUCAUGGCCAGAAGCACCGGAGACGAGGAGGGCGGAGCAAAGGAGCCAGCCAGGGUGAGGAGGGCUUGGAAGCCUCCGCCCACGACACCCCGUCUCAGCGCGUGCAGUUCAUUCUUGGCACUGAGGAAGAUGAGGAGCACGUUCCUCAUGAGCUGUUCACAGAGCUGGACGAGAUCUGUAUGAAAGAGGGGGAGGAAGCCGAAUGGAAGGAAACGGCCAGGUGGCUGAAGUUUGAAGAGGACGUGGAGGAUGGGGGAGAGCGCUGGAGCAAGCCUUACGUGGCCACACUUUCUCUGCACAGCCUGUUUGAGCUGAGGAGCUGCCUCAUCAACGGCUCCGUCCUCCUGGACAUGCGCGCAAGCAGCAUAGAGGAGAUCUCAGACCUGAUCCUGGACCAGCAGGAGCUGCUCCGGGACCUGAGCGACAGCGUGCGGGUUAAGGUGCGGGAAGCCUUGCUGAAGAAGCACCACCAUCAAAACGAGAAGAAGAGGAACAACCUCAUCCCCAUCGUCCGCUCCUUUGCCGAGGUCGGCAAGAAGCAGUCUGACCCGCAUUCCAUGGACAGAGAUGGGCAAACCGUGUCUCCUCAGUCUGCUCCAGCUACCAACCUUGAAGUGAAGAAUGGUGUGAACUGUGAGCACAGCCCUGUGGAUCUAAGCAAGGCGGACCUCCAUUUCAUGAAAAAGAUUCCCGCAGGGGCAGAGGCCUCCAAUGUCCUGGUUGGUGAGGUGGACACUCUGGACCGGCCCAUCGUCGCUUUCGUGAGGCUCUCCCCGGCCGUGCUCCUCUCUGGCCUGACAGAAGUGCCCAUCCCAACGAGGUUUUUGUUUAUCUUACUGGGUCCGGUAGGAAAAGGGCAGCAGUACCAUGAGAUUGGUAGAUCCAUGGCCACCAUCAUGACGGAUGAGAUUUUUCACGAUGUGGCGUAUAAAGCGAAAGAACGGGAUGAUCUCCUGGCUGGGAUCGAUGAGUUCCUGGAUCAAGUGACGGUGCUCCCACCAGGGGAGUGGGACCCGUCCAUUAGAAUUGAGCCACCCAAGAAUGUCCCUUCCCAGGAAAAAAGGAAGAUGCCUGGCGUUCCAAACGGAAACAUUUGCCACGUAGACCCUGAGCCACAUGGGGGACACAGCGGGCCGGAACUUGAGCGGACGGGGCGGCUGUUUGGGGGCUUGGUGCUGGAUGUCAAACGGAAGGCUCCCUGGUACUGGAGUGACUACCGGGAUGCUCUCAGCUUACAGUGUCUGGCCUCCUUCCUGUUCCUGUACUGUGCCUGCAUGUCGCCUGUUAUCACCUUCGGGGGACUGCUGGGAGAAGCCACGGAAGGACGCAUAAGUGCAAUCGAAUCGUUGUUUGGAGCCUCCAUGACGGGGAUUGCCUACUCUCUGUUUGCCGGGCAGCCUCUCACCAUCCUGGGAAGCACGGGCCCCGUGCUGGUGUUUGAAAAGAUUUUGUUCAAAUUCUGCAAGGACUACGCCCUUUCAUACCUCUCCUUGCGUGCUUGUAUCGGGCUGUGGACCGCCUUCCUGUGUAUUGUCCUGGUGGCGACUGAUGCCAGUUCCCUCGUCUGCUACAUUACCCGCUUCACCGAGGAAGCCUUUGCCUCCCUGAUUUGCAUUAUUUUCAUCUAUGAAGCCAUAGAAAAGCUGAUUCACCUGGCCGAGACCUACCCCAUCCACAUGCACAGCCAGCUGGACCACCUGAGCCUCUAUUACUGCAGGUGUGCGCUCCCCGAGAACCCCAACAACCACACCUUACAGUACUGGAAGGAGCACAGCAUCCCGACUGCAGACGUGAACUGGGCAAACCUGACUGUCAGCGAAUGCCAGGAGAUGCACGGGGAGUUCAUAGGAUCGGCCUGUGGUCACCAUGGGCCCUACACGCCUGACGUGCUCUUCUGGUCCUGUAUUCUGUUCUUCGCUACCUUCAUUGUCUCAAGCACCUUGAAGACAUUUAAGACGAGCCGCUACUUCCCGACAAGGGUUCGCUCCACCGUGAGUGACUUCGCUGUGUUCCUCACCAUCUUCACUAUGGUGAUCCUAGACUUUCUGAUUGGCGUCCCCUCGCCCAAGCUUCAGGUCCCCAGCGUGUUCAAGCCAACGAGGGAUGAUCGAGGAUGGUUCAUUAGUCCCAUCGGCCCCAAUCCCUGGUGGACCGUGAUAGCCGCGAUUAUCCCAGCUCUCCUGUGCACCAUCUUGAUAUUCAUGGACCAGCAGAUCACCGCCGUCAUCAUUAACCGGAAGGAGCACAAGCUCAAGAAAGGCUGUGGCUACCAUCUGGACCUGCUCGUGGUGGCCAUCAUGCUGGGGGUCUGCUCCCUCAUGGGCCUGCCUUGGUUCGUGGCUGCGACCGUGCUGUCCAUUACUCAUGUGAAUAGCCUCAAGCUGGAGUCCGAAUGCUCUGCUCCGGGGGAGCAGCCCAAGUUCCUGGGCAUCCGAGAGCAGAGAGUCACGGGGCUCAUGAUCUUCGUGCUGAUGGGCUGUUCUGUCUUCAUGACAGCGGUCUUAAAGUUUAUCCCAAUGCCAGUGCUCUACGGAGUUUUCCUCUACAUGGGAGUCUCUUCUCUACAAGGAAUCCAGUUCUUUGACCGUCUGAAGCUUUUCGGGAUGCCUGCAAAACACCAGCCAGACUUCAUCUACCUGCGGCACGUGCCGCUGCGCAAAGUGCACCUCUUCACGCUGGUCCAGCUCACCUGCCUCGUCCUGCUCUGGGUCAUUAAGGCGUCACCAGCUGCCAUUGUUUUCCCAAUGAUGGUCCUGGCCUUGGUCUUCGUGAGGAAGGUCAUGGACCUCUGCUUCUCCAAGCGUGAGCUGAGCUGGCUGGACGACCUCAUGCCUGAGAGCAAAAAGAAGAAGCUGGAUGAUGCGAAGAAGAAGGAGGAGGAGGAGGAGGCUGAGAAGAUGUUGGACAUUGGGGGUGAUAAGUUCCCCCUGGAAAGCAGGAAGUUGCUAAGUAGUCCUGGCAAGAACAACAGCUUCAGAUGUGACCCUUCUGAGAUUAAUAUAUCAGAUGAAAUGCCUAAAACCACAGUCUGGAAGGCUCUCAGCAUAAAUUCUGGAAAUACGAAAGAAAAAAGCCCCUUCAAUUGAGAGUCUCCGCUGGGUGGAAGACUUGGGCCAUGAGGUGCCUCGGAGAAGUUCUGGGCUUUGAGAAAAUGGCGAGUCUCGCCGGGAAGAAGCCGGGCUGAGUCUGGCCCUGUUCUUGGUCAUCUCGAAGCCAUGCCACAUGGAAGCAUUCAGCCACUCCCGGUGUGCGUUUGGAGGAUAUCCAGCUACCCCACAUACCAGCAGCCAGGCACCAGCCAGGCCACUGUGGGGCCACCUCCUGCUGCCUCCUUUCCUCUUCCUUCUUUCUCUUCAGAGCUGCCACCAUUAAAGAGCCAGCUUCCACUUUCAGACAUUUUCUCUGAUGCUCUGCUGGCCUGGUAAUAAG